UUCACUUUCAGUUAUGUUGUGAUUGCGUGAUUGUGAACGAACUGUUUACUGUUGUGAUUGUUGUGUUUAUAAAAGUAAAAUACAUUUUACAAGAUAAAUGGCUCUACCAAUCCAGAUUAUAAAGACUGUGACUUCUAACACUAUCACAUGGAACUCCUUCUUUCUGCGCCAUAAUUCAAAUAGGGCGUCUAUCACUAAAAUUGGAAGACUGACUUAUGCCAGACUAUAUCCAACAAUGCUAGUAAAUCCGGAUGGAUCAACAGUCAGGAUAAAGUAUCGGGAACCUAGAAAAAUCAUAAAGUUGCCAUUGGACCUGUCUACACUCACGGAAGAGGAACGGAGAGCUAGGAUAGCAAAGAGAAAACCUAAAGAGAAGGUAGUCAUAGAAGAAGAAAUUGAUGACAACUUCACUGUAGAUGCCUAUAGUCACUUGUGGAAAAAGUCCAAAUAAAACCCUUGCAUUAAAGGUUUGUUGUCAUUCAUGAUAAAAAGAUGCCAGUAGAAACAUCAAGUUAAUAUUUAUUAUGACAGUCUCUGAUAUGUGCUUAAUGAGCCAUUGACAUCCUAUAACUGUAGUGACAAAGUAUGAUAUGAAGGUACACAACAUAGGUAAUUUUGUGUCCUGUAUUCAAGAGAAGAUAUUGCUUCUAAUGCACUGAGUUUGAGUAGGAGUUCAUGUGCUGUAAAUAUGCAAAAUUGGAAAAGCUUGAGCAUCUGUCAAUAAUAAUUGUAUGAAGAAUUAAAAAUAUUAGUUAAAUUCCUCUA